CAAUCAAGCGUAUCGGGUGCGGGGAGACCUGUUUUACCUCUAGGAUUAGAAAAUCGCUCUGAUAAAACUGAGUGUACUGCUGAUCUAGGUUUUAGAUCGUAAUCUGUUCUGUUUUUAUUCUGAUCCAGGUUGUGUGUGGGUAGGGCGUUCGUGUCACGGUCUAGAGCUUUUUAAACGAAGCCAUAAAGACGCUGUGCUCGCGCUGCCAUGUCCAACAUGGCCGCCCUCCUGUCAGAAUCGCCGCCAUUGUCGUCUGAACCUCCGUUAUAAGACUUUCCUUCCCUCAGAAAAUCUCCCCCUGCGUUUCUAACACGUCGAACUCUGUCAGAAGAUGCUCGGGGGGUCGUGAGACGUCGAGCGUGGACCUUAGGUUUGGAUUUCUUGAAGAUUUCUUCCGGGGAAAACUUGGAACAUUUUCAGCUGGACGUAAAUAAGACAUCCCGGACGGUACUAACAUGAAUGCGAUGAAUUCCAUCUUGUCAAAGGCCAAGACGGAGAAAAAUGGCUUGGCAGGGAUCGCCCUAGACUCGUACGGAAGUACAGACGAUUCAGUCGCCUUCGUGCACAAGGACUCUCUGAGUGAAAACCACCCGCCCUCACCAGGGGACCUGCAUGCAGCUGAACAGGGCAUCUACUUUAGAGAUGGUCGCAGAAGGAUUGAUUUUGUGCUAGUGUUUGAAGAGGAAGACCCUGGAAGCAAGAAGAGUAAGAGGAAGAAGAAGAAGGCUGCGGAGUCUGGGGAGGUGAAGGAAAAAUCUCCCGAGGAGAAAAAUGAUCAGUACAGAAAGAAGUUUCUCAACAACCUCAGAAAGGCUGGGUGUGAGAUGGAGGAGGAAAUCUCUAGCACUGGAAAGAAGACUAUCACCUACAUCAAGGUGUUUGCUUCCUGGGAUGUCCUGUGUUACUAUGCUGAAGAGCUCAACUUCCGAGCCCCACUGCAGGCUCACCCUAACCCAAGUGAAAACUGGUCGGCAAAGGUACUGGAGAGUCUGCACAUCCCAAACAUGAUGGACCAGGAAGUGCCAAAUAAACCACUGGACUACUACACCUGUGUCUUCAAGAAGUCCAAACUGGACAAGUUCUUGGGGAGUGAGAACCGUGAUACCUUUUUCUCUAAUACACAGAGACACAGAAUAGUGUAUGAGAUACUUGCAACAACACCAUAUGGGAAAAGAAAGAGAGCUGAAAUUGGGAUUGACCGUCUUAUAGAUGAGGGUGCUUUUCAGGCAGCCUAUCCACUACAUGAUGGCUCCUGGAAGAAGCCGUCCCAUUCCAUCCCAGCGGAGCAGCUGAACAGGCGCCAGGUUCUGUACGACUACUGGGCGCGCUGGGGGUGUUGGUACAAGUACCAGCCACUCGACCACAUCCGGGAAUACUUCGGAGAGAAGAUCGGCAUCUACUUUGCCUGGCUUGGUCUGUACACUGCCAACUUGAUCCCUGCCGCUGUGGUAGGGCUGCUAGUGUUCUUGUAUGGGGUGGUCACAAUGGGAACUAACGUCCCUGCGAGAGAGGUGUGUAACAGUGGUGGGGACUUUGUGAUGUGCCCUCUAUGUGACGAGAACAUCGGCUGUGCUUACUGGAACUUGUCCGACACAUGCACACAGGCAAAGAUUGCCUAUCUCUUUGACCAUCCUGGGACUGUCUUCUUUGCCAUUUUCAUGUCUUUCUGGGCCGUCACCUUCCUGGAGUACUGGAAGAGGAAGAACGCCAGCCUUGCCCACCACUGGGAUGUCAUGGACUUUGAAGAAGAAGAGGAGCGCCCCCGGCCCCAGUUUGCUGCCAUGGCACCAUCUAUGGAGAAGAACCCUGUAACAGGCAUCAAGGAACCGCACUUUCCAGACGAGGAUCGCUUCAAAAGAAUGAUGGCUGGAGCAGUCAUCAUCAUCUUUAUGAUGGUGAUGGUUCUGAUCUUCGUGCUGGGUGUGAUCAUGUACCGUGUGCUGAUCAGCAUCCCCCUGUUCCAGUCCGUCAUGUUCCGCGCUCAGGCCUCCAACAUCGCCAACAUGAGCGGAGCCUGCGUCAACCUGAUCCUCAUCAUGGCAUCAGGCAUUGUGUACCAAAAGAUUGCAGAGAAGCUCACUGAGUGGGAAAUGCACAGAACUCAAACUGAACAUGAAGACAGCUACACAUUCAAAGUCUUCAUCUUCCAAUUCGUCAACUUUUAUUCAUCCAUCUUCUACAUCGCAUUCUUCAAGGGACGAUUUGUUGGAUACCCGGGCCAUUAUAAUAGGUUCUUUGGUCUCCGCAACGAAGCGUGCGGACAGGGCGGCUGUCUGGUGGAGCUUGCCCAACAGCUAGCCGUCAUCAUGAUUGGUAAACAGGUCAUCAACAAUGCACAGGAGAUCAUAGUACCUAAGAUCAAGAACUAUUUGCAGCGGCGUGAGGUGGCAAAGGGGAUGGAGAAGUCCUCGGAACCAGCCAGAUGGGAGGAGGACUAUCAGCUCAUCGAAAAUGAGGGACUGUUUGAGGAAUACCUGGAGAUGGUAAUCCAGUUUGGUUUCAUCACCAUUUUCGUGGCUGCGUUUCCCCUGGCUCCGCUGUUUGCCCUUCUGAACAACUGGGUGGAGAUCCGUUUGGACGCGCACAAGUUCGUUUGUGAGGUGCGUCGCUCGGUGUCGGAGAGAGCCCAGGACAUCGGCGUGUGGUUUAACAUUCUAGACGCUCUGGUUCAGCUCGCUGUCAUCAGCAAUGCUUUCAUUAUCGCAGUAACGUCUGAGUUUCUGCCCCGCCUGCUGUACAAGUAUGAGAAGAACUGGAACCUGGAUGGAUAUGUCAACUUCACGCUAGCGUACUCUCCACCCGGCGCCAUGUCUCAGGAGUGUAGGUACAAGGAGUUCCGAGACAAAGACGGCAGUUUUAGUUUGUUCUACUGGAGACUGCUGGCUAUACGACUUGGUUUUGUCAUCUUAUUUGAACAUGUUGUUUUCUUCAUCUCACGGCUGAUUGACAUAAUGGUGCCCGACAUCCCAGAGAGUUUAGAGAUCAAGAUCAAACGGGAGCGCUACCUGGCCAAGCAGGCCUUACAAGAUCAAGAGCACAUCAUGGCGGGCGGCCUUGCGGGAGUUGGCGAAGAGGACGAGGGAGGGGACGACGAGUUUGCCGUCACAACCCAAGGCCGGAAGGGCGCCACCCGCAUGGAUGCCGGCAAUGUUUACCUCUCUGUACCUACUGCAGAUGUGUAACCAACCAACCAACCAACCAACGUGUAAACUUACUUCUCUGUCUAUCUGUCUGUUGAACUAGAACUAGAACAGUGUACUAAUCUAACAAACAAUUUGCAAGGCUGCUCAUUAAGUCAGACUAGAUACCAUGGACAUGUGUUCUGUAAAUCUAUUGCUACAUGUAUGUCAGCCCUUUAUGUCUCGCAUCUUGAUUAUUUGUCUCGCAAACAUUCAGUGUUUCUUAUUAUAAUAACUUUAUCAAUUCAAUUGUUACAUUUUAUCUUUAAUUGUGGAUCUGCUGUGGAUUCAUUCACACUUUGAAUGCUUGCCAUCAGACAUAGAUUUUGUUGAACAGCCUCUAAACUUCUACAUGUGUCCCACACUGUCAUAAUUUCUGUUCAGCACACUAGAAACUUUCCACCAUUUUGCUUUUCAAUACAUGGCUGCUCCAAAA